GGGAGACACCGGCCAGGCUCAGUGCCGCCGGGGUCCGUGUCAGCUCCCGGGAUGUGCGUGGAGGGGAGGGGCAGGGGCGCUCCAAGCCCCUCGCCCACAGCCGCUUCCGGAAGUUUCUUCAGAGGUCAGAGCCCCCAGCCUCAGCUCGGCCCCCACGACCAGUCCGAAGUGGCGGGAAGCCGGCACUUGAGAGGCCGCCCCGACGCGAGGGCGGCGGGAAAACCUGGCGGAGGAUUCCGCGAGUCCGGCACGACCCGGCUCGGCGUUUGGGAAGCAGGGGCCAUGGCUCGCAGGUUUGCCUGCAAUGACACUUUACUCUCUACACUUAAAGAGCAUUCUUUCUGAGCUGCUGUGAAUAAAUUUGGAAUGAUAUUGUUUAUUUUCAACUAAUGGAGAACUAGCUGUAUCUUGAACAAGGAUUACUGUACUGGACAACUUCAGAACAUUGCUCACAAUGUCAUCAAACAGGAGUCAGAAUCCUCAUGGACUGAAGCAGAUUGGUCUUGACCAGAUCUGGGAUGACCUCAGAGCUGGAAUUCAGCAAGUGUAUACCAGACAAAGCAUGGCAAAGUCCAGAUACAUGGAACUCUACACUCAUGUUUAUAACUACUGUACUAGUGUGCAUCAGUCCAACCAAGCCCGGGGUGCUGGAGUCCCUCCUUCCAAGUCAAAAAAGGGGCAGACUCCUGGGGGAGCUCAGUUUGUUGGCUUGGAGUUAUACAAGCGAUUGAAGGAGUUUUUGAAGAACUAUUUGACAAAUCUUCUUAAGGAUGGAGAAGAUUUAAUGGAUGAGAGUGUACUGAAGUUCUACACUCAGCAGUGGGAAGAUUACCGAUUCUCCAGCAAAGUGCUGAAUGGAAUCUGUGCCUACCUCAAUAGACAUUGGGUUCGCCGUGAAUGUGAUGAAGGACGAAAAGGAAUAUAUGAAAUCUAUUCACUUGCAUUGGUGACAUGGAGAGAUUGUUUGUUCAGGCCAUUGAAUAAACAGGUAACAAAUGCUGUUUUAAAGUUGAUUGAAAAGGAAAGAAAUGGAGAAACCAUCAAUACAAGACUGAUUAGUGGAGUUGUACAAUCUUAUGUGGAAUUGGGGCUGAAUGAAGAUGAUGCAUUUGCAAAGGGCCCUACGUUAACAGUGUAUAAAGAAUCCUUUGAAUCUCAAUUUUUGGCUGACACAGAGAGAUUUUAUACCAGAGAAAGUACUGAAUUCUUACAGCAGAACCCAGUUACUGAAUAUAUGAAAAAGGCUGAAGCUCGUUUGCUUGAGGAACAGCGGAGAGUUCAGGUUUACCUCCAUGAGAGCACACAAGAUGAACUAGCACGGAAAUGUGAGCAGGUCCUCAUUGAAAAACACUUGGAAAUUUUUCACACAGAGUUUCAGAAUUUAUUGGAUGCUGACAAGAAUGAAGAUUUGGGCCGUAUGUAUAAUCUUGUAUCUAGAAUUCAGGAUGGCCUAGGAGAAUUGAAAAAACUACUAGAGACACAUAUUCAUAAUCAGGGUCUUGCAGCAAUUGAGAAGUGUGGAGAAGCUGCUCUAAAUGACCCCAAGAUGUAUGUGCAGACAGUGUUGGAUGUUCAUAAAAAAUACAAUGCCCUGGUGAUGUCAGCGUUCAACAACGAUGCUGGCUUCGUCGCUGCUCUUGAUAAGGCUUGUGGUCGCUUCAUAAACAACAAUGCGGUUACCAAAAUGGCCCAGUCAUCCAGUAAAUCCCCUGAGCUGCUUGCUCGGUACUGUGACUCCUUGUUGAAGAAAAGUUCCAAGAACCCAGAAGAGGCAGAACUAGAAGACACCCUCAAUCAAGUGAUGGUGGUCUUCAAGUACAUCGAGGACAAAGAUGUAUUUCAGAAGUUCUAUGCAAAGAUGCUUGCCAAGAGACUGGUACAUCAAAACAGUGCAAGUGACGAUGCUGAAGCAAGCAUGAUCUCCAAGUUAAAGCAAGCUUGUGGUUUUGAGUACACUUCCAAACUUCAGCGAAUGUUUCAAGACAUUGGUGUAAGCAAAGAUCUGAAUGAACAGUUCAAAAAACACCUGACGAAUUCAGAACCGCUGGACUUGGACUUCAGUAUUCAGGUCCUGAGUUCUGGAUCGUGGCCCUUUCAGCAGUCUUGCACGUUUGCCUUGCCGUCAGAGUUGGAGCGCAGUUAUCAGCGAUUUACAGCUUUCUACGCCAGCCGUCACAGUGGCAGAAAAUUGACAUGGUUGUAUCAACUGUCCAAAGGGGAACUAGUCACUAACUGCUUCAAAAACAGAUACACUUUGCAGGCGUCCACAUUUCAGAUGGCAAUCCUGCUUCAGUACAACACAGAAGACGCCUACACUGUGCAGCAGCUGACUGACAGCACGCAGAUUAAAAUGGACAUUUUGGCACAAGUCCUACAGAUUUUACUGAAGUCGAAAUUGCUGGUCUUAGAAGAUGAAAAUGCCAAUGUUGAUGAGGUGGAAUUGAAGCCAGACACCUUAAUAAAGUUAUAUCUUGGUUAUAAAAAUAAGAAAUUGAGGGUUAAUAUCAAUGUACCAAUGAAAACUGAACAGAAGCAGGAACAAGAAACCACACACAAAAAUAUAGAGGAAGACCGCAAACUACUGAUUCAGGCGGCCAUCGUAAGAAUCAUGAAAAUGAGGAAGGUCCUGAAACACCAGCAAUUACUUGGUGAAGUCCUCACUCAGCUGUCCUCCAGGUUCAAACCUCGGGUCCCAGUGAUCAAGAAAUGCAUUGAUAUUCUCAUCGAAAAAGAAUAUUUGGAGCGAGUCGAUGGUGAGAAGGACACCUACAGUUACUUGGCUUAACCCAUCUAGCAGGGUCUGCGUGACCCACAAGCAGAUAGUUCCAGUGAAUAAAAUGGAAACAACUCAAGUUCAUAGCAGCCAGCCUGCCACCAUUUGGACCUUCCUUUUUAAAGCUGAGACCACAGCUCCCACCAGCUGGUCUCAGGCUACAGCAGGACUGCUCAGGACUGACACAUUUCAGUCUGUAAACAGACGCCAAUGCCAUUUACCCUAACUCACAGACAGAGGGGGAACCGAACCUUCCAUGCUGAGGCUGCAUGCUACCGCACUUAAAUCAAUACGUUGGCUCCCUGGUUAACAGCUGUCAUCUGAGGCAGCACACGAGAGCGAGUCUGAAUGGACCCACGUGUAAUCUGCUAUGAAAACCAUUUGUAUAGUGUGUUUCAUUUUUUUAAUGUGUGAAAAUAAAGAAAAUUAAAGGAU